CUCUCCACACUUAUUAUACACUACUCCAGAGUCCAAAGCAAGAGCAUCCGCUUUCUUCAGUUGCCAUCAUCUCUAUGGCUUCUAAUGCGAAAUUGCUCUCUUUCUUCUUCGUGCUAUCUCUCCUCUUCUCUCAACAGGUUCAAGCUCGAAGUGUCUUCUUCAGCAAAGUAACCAAUGUGGACAACCACAACACUGAAGAGCUCCCCAACAAGGAGAGCACUGUUGUGACCAAGCAAGAGCAACAGCCAAACUUCAUCCCGCAAACCCAAAACGGCUAUGGUCUCUACGGCCACGAGUCCACCGAGCUGCCUCCCUCUACCAAGACCACAGCCACAACCAACGCUGUACCAUACUCCACCACCCCUACAAACAGUGAACAUUACACCACCACCGCCACCAACGGUGAACCAUACACCACCACCACAAGAACUACCUCCAACGACGACAACAACAACAUUCCAUACACACACUACAAUCCCAACAAGAACAGCAACUACUACAACAACAACUACGAGACCAACCAAAACGGGAUGAGUGACACAAGGUUGACGCAGCAGAAAGGCUACACCACCCCAACCACCCAAAACAGCAACAGCAACAACUACUACAAUGUUGAGAGGCAAGGCAUGAGCGACACAAGGUUUACGCAGCAGAGAGGCUACACCACUCCCACCACCACCACCCCAACCACCCAAAACAGCAACAACUACUACAACGUUGAGAGGCAAGGCAUGAGCGACACAAGGUUCUUGGAGAAUGGUAAGUACCACUACGACAUUAACAGCGAGAACAACUACAAUCAGAACCAGUACAAGAAUUCCCAGGUGGUCGAUUCAAGAAACUGGUACAACAACAACAAUAACAACAACCGGGGUUACUAUGGCAGCAACAAUGGGAACCGGAACACCUUUGAGUCCAGCGACGUGUACCAGAACGAGGAGUUCCAAGAGAACGAAGAUGACCAGUUCGUGCCAUGAUGAGCUCUACCUGUGCGGCUUUUGCUUCUUUUGAUAUAUUUAUCAUGAUAUUAAGUUGGAAAAAAAAAACAUAAUUAAACAUAGGCUAUCAUUUUAUGGAGGCUUUAUUUUAUUUGAUGCUUAUUUAAGUAUGUUUUGUCUGGGUUUGCAUAAAUAUAAAUUGUUCAUGCUUUUGCAAAAGCUGAAGUUUGUGGACUAUAAAAUAGUCAAUAAAGUGUAUAUUAUGAUUGUUCUUCUUGUUUAGUUGUAAUCUUAUAUCC